AUGUCUACAUUGAAGAAAAAGCAAGACUUGCUUGAAAAACUUGCCCGUCUCUUUUUGGAUCCAUUGUAUACAAGGAAGGUAUGCCAGGUUUGUCGCAUUAUUAUCCUCGACAUUGUGGCAAGGGCCAGAGAAAAGGCAGAGGAUGAGAUGCUGCAUCAACAAGGGGAUCACAAGAACGAUCAGUUCGGUCAUGCUCUGAGCAUGGCCGUUACACAAUGUCCAGUCUUACAAAGUUACACCCUUACUUACCUCAGUCAUGGUGGUUUGUACCUUACUGUACCACCUAAAACAAAACACAAGAUGAUUGCUGAAUCAGAGAAACAGCGAGUUUAUAGACUGAUGGAGAUGAUCUGGAGGUUUGUCCAUGUGUUGGAGAGACGGGUAAGGGAUAUAAUGCCUGUAGACAUCCUCAUGUCUUUUCUCAGUUACUACAAAGAUGAGGCUAGGAUAGUGUGGUUGUGUUCUGACAGUGUGGCCACCAUGUUGGAUAUGACAUCAAGCCAGAGAGAUGCUUUAGUGUGCUCUACAUUGAAUACAGACAAAAAUGGCAGCCUUUCUGCUCUAAAACUACAACAUCAGAAAUGGUGCCGAGACUGUGGGCUGACUGAUCCAGUGAUGGAUGAUUCCUCAGUGGAGUUACCGGUCGAGACCUUUCAGCAGAGUUUAACUGAGAUCAUUAUGGGACUUGACCAGUCAGAUCUCCAUCACAGUGUUGUCAUUGUGGCUGGCAUCCUUUUACCAAGAAUCAACAUUACUGAGGAAACGCCUUGUACAUCAUUCCUUGUACCAGCUGAGUCUCUAGACAACAACCUACGAAGUUUGGCCCUAGCUGUGUCAGCCGGUAGUCCUGUCCUGUUACAGGGACCUGUUGGGAGUGGUAAAACCUCUCUGGUAGAACACCUCGCUCAAUUGACUGGACGGGUCAAAUCACCACACCUGAUGAAGAUCCAACUGGGUGAUCAGACUGACAGCAAGGCAUUGCUGGGGACAUAUCGCUGUACAGACAUCCCUGGAGAGUUUGUGUGGCAGGCUGGUGUAUUGACGCGGGCCGUGACAGAAGGACACUGGGUUUUACUGGAGGAUAUCGACUCCGCCCCUAUGGAUGUUAUCUCAGUCCUUCUGCCCCUUUUAGAGAGACAUGUCUUGUCAGUCCCAGGACAUGGUGAUAACAUCCCCACAGCUCCUGGCUUCCAACUGUUUGCAACCCAGAGAUUGCUAGGCAGUGGGAGUGGUUGGCACAGGCAACAUAGCAGCAGUUCAAUCUUACUAGAGAAGAUGUGGACCAAGGUCAAUGUUGAACCACUCUCAAGGUCAGAAUUGGAGAAGGUAAUUAACACCUUGUACCCACAACUCCAUCCGGUCACGGAGAAGCUGCUGGAUAUUUACUUCAUGCUGUCUGCUGGGAAACAUGAGGCGGGAGUUGAGGACAGCUUGUCUGAUGAGGUUGGCAAGUUCCUAUCACAUGAUGGUCGACUUAUUUCCACUAGAGAUCUUAUGAACUGGUGUAGACGUGUUGCUGCAGAUUUUGAUGUGUCAUCUACGACAACAGCCAAUCAGGUGCUUCAAGAAGCUCUUGACUGUUUUGUUGCAUGUCUCCCAAAACCUAGCAAACGCCUCGUUGUUGCAGAGGCCAUUGGAGCCAAACUAAGCAUCUCAAAGGUCAUGGCUGAAUAUUUCUGCUAUAAGUGUAAACCGGAAGUAAAAGUGACUUCAACAUCUUUUACCUGUGGCCGUGUACAACUAGACAAGAAGGCUGUGGAGGUUGGUUCAGUUCUUAGAUCACCACACAGUACAUUUUCCUUCACACGACAGUCUUCAGCUUUACUGGAACAGGUGUCAGUAUGUGUAGGAAAGAGCGAGCCUGUCCUACUGGUAGGUGAGACAGGAACUGGUAAAACAUCAUCAGUACAAUUUCUGGCUGAACAACUUGGUCAUACACUCAAAGUAAUCAACAUGAACCAGCAGAGUGACAGUUCAGAUCUUCUAGGAGGAUUUAAGCCAGUGGAUAUGAAACAUGUAAUCAGACCUUUCAAGGAGGACUUUGAAAUUCUUUUUUGCUCAACAUUUUCUAGGAAAGAGAACAGCAAGUUUUUGAGUCACAUACAGGAUUGCUUUGCCAAACAGAAGUGGGAGAUGCUGCUGACACUGAUGGAACACACCCUGACUCCAGCCAUACAGCGUUGUAAAACUGCUUUAGACUUAUCAGUUGUGGUUUUUGCAGCUUUAGAUGUAUCAGUUGUGUUUUUUGCAGCUUUAGAUGUAUCAGUUGUGUUUUUUGCAGCUUUAGAUGUAUCAGUUGUGUUUUUUGCAGCUUUAGAUGUAUCAGUUGUGUUUUUUGCAGCUUUAGAUGUAUCAGUUGUGUUUUUUGCAGCUUUAGAUGUAUCAGUUGUGUUUUUUGCAGCUUUAGAUGUAUCAGUUGUGUUUUUUGCAGCUUUAGAUGUAUCAGUUGUGUUUUUUGCAGCUUUAGAUGUAUCAGUUGUGGUUUUUGCAGCUUUAGAUGUAUCAGUUGUGUUUUUUGCAGUUUUAGUCGUAUCAGUUGUGUUUUUUGCAGCUUUAGAUGUAUCAGUUGUGUUUUUUGCAGCUUUAGAUGUAUCAGUUGUGUUUUUUGCAGCUUUAGAUGUAUCAGUUGUGUUUUUUGCAGCUUUAGAUGUAUCAGUUGUGUUUUUUGCAGCUUUAGAUGUAUCAGUUGUGUUUUUUGCAGCUUUAGAUGUAUCAGUUCUGUUUUUUGCAGCUUUAGAUGUAUCAGUUGUGGUUUUUGCAGCUUUAGAUGUAUCAGUUGUGUUUUUUGCAGCUUUAGAUGUAUCAGUUCUGUUUUUUGCAGCUUUAGAUGUAUCAGUUGUGUUUUUUGCAGCUUUAGAUGUAUCAGUUGUGUUUUUUGCAGCUUUAGAUGUAUCAGUUGUGUUUUUUGCAGCUUUAGAUGUAUCAGUUGUGUUUUUUGCAGUUUUAGUCGUAUCAGUUGUGUUUUUUGCAGCUUUAGAUGUAUCAGUUGUGGUUUUUGCAGCUUUAGAUGUAUCAGUUGUGUUUUUUGCAGCUUUAGACUUAUCAGUUGUGGUUUUUGCAGCUUUAGAUGUAUCAGUUCUGUUUUUUGCAGCUUUAGACGUAUCAGUUGUGUUUUUUGCAGUUUUAGAUCAUGGAAAAGAGAAAAACAUUGAGAAACUUGACAAGUGGCUGGAUAUAAGGCGCCGUCUACAACAGCUUAAAGUGCAAAUCAAACAAAAGGAAAAUGUUCUUGCCUUUGCUUUUAUAGAGGGUUCUUUGGUGCGAGCUGUAAGGACAGGAGACUGGGUUCUCCUGGAUGAAAUAAAUCUUGCUGCUGCUGAAACCCUUGAAUGUCUGAGUGGACUUUUGGAAAGUACAACAGGGUCGGUCAUCCUUACGGAAAGAGGGGAUGUUGAACAAGUGGUUCGCCAUCCAGACUUUCGCUUGUUUGCCUGUAUGAACCCAGCAACAGAUGUGGGGAAGAAAGAUCUACCAACUGGAAUCCGUAACAGGUUCACAGAAUUGUAUGUGGAUGAAGCUGAGGAAUCCCAGGAUCUGAAGAUAUUAGUUAGUGACUAUUUAAAGGGGUUAUCACUGUCAGGAGCUCAGCUUGAUGGAAUUGUAAAGUUUUAUCUAACAAUUCGAGGUCAGGCAGCGAAACAUCUUACUGACGGAACAGGCCAUAAACCCCAUUUCAGUUUGAGGACAUUAUGCAGAGCUUUGAGAUAUUCUUCGAAGAACCCAUGUGGUGUUGUCCUACGAUCUCUGUAUGAGGGAUUUUGUCUAAGUUUCCUGACCCAACUUGACCGAGCUUCACACCCAAUGGUGGAGAAGUUAGUUUGUCGUCACAUCCUUGGUAAAGUCAACAUCAGCUCAAUCCUUAAGAAGGACAUUCCUAUGCCUGGAGAUGGAAAAUAUCACUUUGUGGAGGGGUAUUGGAUACCUUUUGGAGCAGCCAAACCAAUUCAACAAGACAAGUACAUAUUAACACCAUCAGUGAGAGCUAACCUCAAGGAUUUGUCCAGAGUUGUGUCGGCAGGACAGCAUCCUGUACUGAUCCAGGGUGAGACAUCAGUAGGUAAAACAAGUCUGGUCACAUGGUUAGCUCAGACAACAGGCAAUGUUUGUGUACGGGUGAACAACCAUGAACACACAGAUCUGCAAGAAUACAUUGGCUCCUACUCUGCAGACCAACAUGGCAAGCUUGUCUUCCAGGAAGGUGUGCUUGUGGAAGCUAUGAGAAAGGGCCAUUGGAUAAUACUAGAUGAGCUGAACCUGGCACCUACUGAUGUAUUGGAAGCUCUUAACAGGUUACUGGAUGACAACCGAGAGCUGUUCAUUGCUGAGACCGAAGAUACUGUAAAGGCACACCCAAAGUUUAUGUUGUUUGCUACCCAGAACCCUCCAGGCCAGUACGGGGGAAGAAAGAUGCUGUCUCGAGCCUUCAGGAAUCGCUUUGUGGAACUUCAUUUUGAUCAGAUUCCAAGUAAGGAACUGGAGACAAUUCUCCAUCAGCGAUGUGACUUACCUAUGUCAUAUGCCAAGCGACUUGUAACCACCAUGUUGGACCUUCAGACAAGGAGGAGAGGAUCAGGGGUAUUUGCUGGUAAACAAGGUUUUAUGACACUGAGGGAUCUAUUUAGAUGGGCUGAGCGAUACAAAUGUAAAAAUGUUGAUACUCAACAGAAGACAUUCUAUGACUGGGACCAACAUAUGGCUGACCAUGGCUACAUGCUACUGGCUGGGAGAGUGAGACGGCCUGAGGAAGUGACCUUGGUACUAGAGGUCAUUCAAAAGCAUCUCAAACGUCCAGUGGACCCAGACAAGUUGUUCACCUUAGGACCAGAUACAUCACCUACAACCAAAACACUACUGAAGGAAGUGACACAGCAGACAGUCUCUGAAUUUGGUCACAUUGUGUGGACAUACAACAUGAAGAGAUUGGCUGUUCUAAUAGGCCAGGCCAUACAGUUCAACGAGCCUGUUUUACUAGUAGGGGAAACGGGGUGUGGAAAGACCACUGUCUGUCAGUUAUACGCUGCUCUGAAGAAAACCAAACUUCGCAAUAUCAAUUGUCAUCUCCACACUGAAAGUGCAGACUUUUUGGGAGGUUUACGACCCUGCAGGUCACAUGACCAAAACAAAGCUGAAGGUGAGCUAAAGCUGUUUGAGUGGGUGGAUGGACCACUUGUUCUUGCCAUGAGAGAAGGUUCAAUGUUUCUAGUGGAUGAGAUCUCUUUAGCAGAUGAUUCUGUUCUGGAGAGAUUAAACAGUGUGUUAGAGCCAGAGAGAACUCUUCUCCUGGCAGAAAAAGGAGGCGGAAACAGUCAUCAUGAUCAAGUGCAUAGUGUUGUUGCUAAAAUGGGGUUCCAGAUUUUUGCGACGAUGAAUCCGGGAGGCGACUUUGGGAAAAAAGAGCUCUCUCCUGCCCUGAGGAACAGGUUUACAGAGAUAUGGUGUGCCCAGACUGAACAAAUGCAGGAUCUGGUGAACAUCAUUGAGCACAACUUAAGAAGUGGGAUUCACUUGUGUAACCAGGAAGAUGGCACCAGUGGAUUUGGUCGGGCAAUGAUGGACUUUAUACACUGGUUCUCUAACGGUGAUAUUACUAAAAGGUGUACAGUGAGUAUACGAGACAUUCUUUCCUGGGUUCACUUCAUCAACAUCUGUUCAAGGACAAUGGAUGAAGAAGGGAUGGAGACAGAUGACCACAGCUACAACAAGCUGGACCCUGCUGUGGCCUUUAUACAUGGGGCAUGUCUUGUAUUCUUAGAUGGACUUGGCUCAGGAACCACAAGUCGAGGGAACGAUUGUGACAUACGACAUUUACGCAAAAUCUCUCUGAAGUUUUUACUUCAACUUGUCAAUCGCUUGACCCACCAAGCCUACACUCUUGCCACGCUUGGCCUCAUUGAUGACACUGGACACCUGGACACAGACAUUCAUACGAGACUGACCACCACUGGACUCUCUAAACUAGACUCUGCUGUGCAGAAAACAGACACACAGUUCUGUAUCCAUCCAUUUGCCAUCAGUCGAGGUGUGAAGAGUUGUGGGGAUCCUGAUGGUUACGCACUUCAGGCACCAACUACUUGUGUGAAUGCCCAAAGAAUACUGCGAGCCCUUCAAUUGACCAGGCCACUCCUCCUGGAGGGCUCACCUGGGGUCGGCAAGACUAGUCUUGUUUCUGCUAUAGCCAAGGCAGCUGGACAGGAACUAGUCCGAAUCAACCUGUCAGAACAAACUGAUGUGACAGAUCUGUUUGGUGCAGACCUACCUGUGGAGGGACAAGAAGGAGCGGUGUUUGCUUGGAGGGAUGGUCCUCUACUACAGGCAUUAAAAGCUGGACAUUGGGUCAUUCUGGAUGAGUUGAACCUUGCAUCCCAGUCAGUGUUGGAGGGUCUAAAUGCUUGUUUGGAUCAUCGUGGUGAGGUGUAUGUACCAGAGUUAGGACAGACGUUCCACAUACAACAUGACAAGACGAGACUGUUUGCCUGUCAGAACCCACUGAAUCAGGGAGGGGGCAGAAAGGGGUUACCAAAGUCGUUCCUCAAUAGAUUUACACAGGUUUAUGUUGAACCGCUGACAAUGGCCGACCUGACCUUCAUUUCCAGGACUAUGUAUCCCUGCAUACCACAGGACCUUCUUACUCACAUGGUCACGUUCAACAUGCAGAUUCAUGAGGAAGUCAGUGUUGAGAAAAGUUGGGGUCAAAAGGGCAGUCCAUGGGAGUUCAACCUGCGAGAUCUCUUUCGAUGGUGUGACCUACUAUGUCAUAAUCAGUCUGUGAGUGGAUUUAAUCCUGGGGAGUAUGUGGGAUUGGUGUACAGAGAGAGACUGAGGACCCUCCAGGACAAAGAUAAGGUGAAGAACUUGUACGAGAGGAUAUUUCCAGACGACCUGCCAUUUUACACUCCCAGUAGAUAUGUAACCAUUUUUGACAGGGUGAUACAGGCAGGCCAUUCCUUCCUCCAAUGUGAAGAGUAUAUGUCUAGGGAGACAACUAGGACACUUUACCUCCUUCAUCACCUACUGGAGCCAAUGGAAGCAGUGAUGAAAUGUGUCCAAAUGAACUGGAUGUCCAUUCUGGUGGGGCCUCAAUCUUGUGGUAAGUCCAGUCUGGUCCAGCUACUGUCCAGCUUGACUGGACAUCACCUACAUGUUCUUGCCAUGAACAGUUCAAUGGACACCACAGAGCUACUAGGCGGAUUUGAACAGGUGGACAUACAGAACCAUGUAGAUAGACUUAUCUACACAACAGAGUCCAUUGUCACAGAUACCACUAUCCUACUGCUCCAAGGUCAGCAUAUCCUUAUGGCUGGAGAGCUGCAACAAUCCUGGAACAGAUUCAGGCAGACUGACAGUACAGAGUUGGGGAAGAAACUAUCAAGUUUGGAGGAACUGGAAUCGGUCAAGGUCAAGGUCACUCAUUUGACCGAGGUUAUCAGCAUUGUUAAACAAUCUCUCCAAAUUGUGACAUCUGACAAAGGAGUCGAGUUUUUGAAGAGGGUAUCAGACUUGGAGUCGGAGGUGACAAAGAUGACCUCCAAGUUGACACUGACUUCUGUAGGGUCAGGUGGUGGCGCAUUUGAAUGGGUUGACAGUAUUUUGGUACAGGCGUUAGAAGUCGGUCACUGGCUUCUCAUUGACAACGUCAACUUCUGCAGUGCCUCAGUCCUAGACAGGCUGAAUGCUCUGUUGGAGCCAAAUGGUGUCCUCAACAUUAAUGAAAGAGGGGUUAUUGAUGGUGCUAUACCUACCAUAAAACCACACCCAGACUUUAGGCUGUUUUUGGCCAUGGAUCCAAAAUUUGGAGAAAUAUCUCGCGCCAUGAGAAACCGAGGAGUAGAGAUCUUCAUCGCAGGCGAGGAGGAUGGGUCAUCAUACAGCCAACAUGAUGUCAAGGUCAUGUUACAAGGUCAAGGACUAGUGAAUGUCAGAGCUUGUGAUUGGCUUAUGUCACUACACGCUGCCAUGAAAGAAAAUAUUUCACUUGGUGAACGGCCUGUCAUUCUGGACCUAAUCAACGUUGCAUUAGUAACACAACAACAGCAAGACAGAGGCAUUUCAUUGGUCAAGGCACUGAUGCAUGCAUCAUGUGAUGUGUAUGUCAAAAAUAUCAGAAGUCUUGUGACAAGAAAGGUAGCUAGACAGCUCUGGGAGGACCACUGUUGUCAACUUAGUGACAUGUCAUCUGAUGAUACAGUGGGAAUUUCCAUGACCAUUAGUAACACAAAAGAUUUCAGUGAAGAUAGACAACUUUCCAAUGUUAAAAUACAUGGACAAACAUUCCUGGGAGUUCUUAAGAGAUGUUUACACUUCCUCAAGAAAAGAGAAUUUUCCAAACUUAGAUGUAAGAUGCAAGAAUUAAGGCAUGCUGGGAUUUUAUUCCUAAAUCUAUCAUCAAGAACUCAAAGACAGCUACAUUUUGAUUGGUUGAUCACCACAAUAAAGCAUGUAUGGCCUGACAAAAGUUGUAUGGUAAAUGUGGAAGAGUUGUCUGCCCUUGAAGUCUCUACAGAACAUCUGGUUGACAGCCUGCAGCCUCUGAUGACAGGAGAGACAGUUGUGGCACUGCCUCAAUACUACCAAAACGAUCUUCUGUCCUGUAACAUUUCAGACCUGUUAGUCAAUGGUCCAGCAGAUGCAAGAUGGAAUCCCCAGGCUGUCCAGCAGUUUUUACACACUUGUCAACAAGCGUCUGAUUAUACCUUCAUGUUCAACAGGUUUCAUAUGAUGCAGACUGCCUUUAUCAAACUGAACUCAGCUUCAUAUGAGGCUUUGCUUGAGAGAUUGAGGGCUUUCACAAAAAAAUCGGCCCUAGGUAGACUAGACCACGCAGAGCUAUGUGAUAUGUAUGUAUUGUUAUCACAAAAGGAGGAACUACUAAAGGUUAUUGUGUCCCUCCAAGUGUCUGAGUACACAGAUGUGGUCAAGGUACUAGAUGCAGUGACGUCGUGGUGUCGACUGUUGGAGGCGUGUGAAGGUUCAAUAACUGGUGAAGAAAUGGAGUACCAUUACAUGACUUUACACUGGCACAUGUUCUACAAGAGGACCUGGCUCCUUCUCAAAGACAGGACACAGCAGCAGGCAGCGAUGGCCUUGACCUUAUGUGAACUGUGUAAAGCAUGUGAUCUGGAGGUUGAGACAGUUGCCAUAGUUACAAAGAAGAAAGUGAAACUUUUGCUUUGUGGUGGUGUAGAAACUAUGAUGACACUGCAGAGGGCCCUAACUGAUGUACUCGGCAACACUCAGUGUAUUGAUGAUGAGUACCAAGUGAAGGAGAAACAGAUUCAGGCCACUCUGAAAAUGUUUGGUUUGGAUAAAACUAUUGAUGACGAUAUGGCUUCUGAUAUCCAGUCUCAACCAGAGAAUGAUAUGGUUGUCCGUUCACCAUGGCAACAUGUGUGUUUGUGGCCUCUUUUUGAAUAUGCCACCCUGGUGGCAGAGACAGCAAUUGUGCCACAACUCUACGCUGGUGAUGUGUCUGAUGGAUGUAACACUUUCAACGAUUUUUGUCUGACCUUUACCCCGGUAUCCCCAACACAGAUCAACAAAUACAGCAUGCUCGGACAUACUAACCACCAGCAGAUAUGUCGGAUGACCCUGCAUAAACAGUUGUUCAGGAAAACAUGGAACUGCACUGCUGUGAAACAUAUAGACUCCUGGCUUCUCUGGGGUGAACGGGAUGACCAGGAUGAUACAUCAAGUCAUGUCAAGGACAGCCUCUGUGGUCCAUAUUCAUUCCAUAUGGCCACGCCUACCUACACUGUGUGUACCUUUCUGUGUGGAGGUGGAGAGGAGAAGAGGUGCCUGGGGUUUGCCCCAUCUGACCUUCACUGUUUACAAGUGUCAUUAGGACAUUGGCAGUCCCAGGCUCAGAGACUGGCUCUUGUUGCCAGACAUCUUUGGUCACAUGGUCCAUUGAUGUCAUGCCAGCAGUACUCACCAUGGUUUUUAGAGAAGCAACAUUUACUGGAGGUAUUUGUCUUUUUCUUGAAAUCUGCCACCAUAAUUGUUUCCCCUGACAUGGGGGAGCACUCUAGAACACUCGUCAGUGAAAUCCAAUCCAUGGUGAUGAAAUGGAAUCAAGCCAUGAAACAUGAAGGCGGAGGUGAGGUUGCUAUUGAGCAGUUCUUGAGAGAAAGACUGGAAUUGUUUCAAAGUUGCUUGACUGAAAGUUUACCUGAUCUAGCAUGUCUGAUCCAUAGGAGUUUCUAUAGCUUGUAUAAAGUGUUUGAGGAACCACCAGUUAGUCUGAUGGAUGUGGGAACAGCCUGGCUCCACCUGGGCCUCCUACAGAGAAGGCUGUUGGUGCCAACUAUCGGUGUGGAUCCUGUAGAGAAAGUGGCAGUUAAACUCAAGUAUGCCAGGCAAGAGACAUCAUCAGUUGGGAUGACAACUGUAUCCUGCCCAAGUUCACCAGUCGAUGACACUACUGAGUCUGACUUCGGAACAUCAUCUUGUUUUACGUCUUUAUUGGCAUCAUCUGCUGGUCCUCCCUCCUCAGUAGAGAACUGGUCGUCACCAGGCGGACCAGUGGCAGACACAGGAGAGCCUGGAUCGUCAUCCGGAUCCCGUACUGCCGUAUCGCCUUCUUCAUCAUCUGACUCCGAACUGCCAGCUGUACAAGGUGCCAAUAAAACAUUUGUAUCCUCGUUGUCAGAGUCUUCUAUAUCUGCGAGGGCUAAGUUUGUGUUUUCCAUGGAAGGCUCAACCUUGCUAUCCAGAUUAUCCAAGGACAUUUCUUCGUGUGGAAUGUAUCCUAUAGGCAACAGGUUGUUUCUGUGUAAGGUUCUUGUCCUUCCCUCUGCUGAAUCUGGUUCCACUACGAACACAGGAAUAUUCGGGUUAGGUUGGUUAAUCACUGUACAGGCAUCUUCCUCCCAAAGGUCUUCCAGUUUGUGCUUCCCAUCAAAAGCAAGCUUCUUCACCAAUACACGAUCUCCAACCUUAAUAGGCAAUCCUCUGACCUUCAGGUCGGUGCGAAGCAUAGAGAUGAGGUCGCAGGAAAAUCUCGACGAUUCGGUUUCCUGUACUUGGAUACUAACUGCAUCCAUGGACGCAACAACACAUCUUGUCGUUGGACUCUUCUCCAAUCCUUUGAUGUCAUCUUCUCUAAAUCACCAACGCAAGGAUCCUCAAGGGCAUCAGCAACUUGUGCAGCUGGCAGACAUACAGGCCGAGCUGAGUGUUUAUGAUCAACAUCAUCUUUCAACCACUGGUCAACCCCUGUCCAGUCUACCUGACUACUUGGUACAUCCACGCAUACCUUAUUUGGUCGCCAUGACAAAACAUCUUCAGGAAAAGAUCACCAAGCUGGAACUGCAGCAGGCAUACCGACCAAAGCCUUCUAAGUUUAAGUUUCUUGUGAACGACCUCAAGGACUAUUUAUCAAGUGUCGGGAAUGAGGAUCACAUUCUUCAACUCCAGUGUAGACUUACAUCUGUCACCACGACAACAGGGAAUGAGUUUGCCGAGGAAAAGAUGUGGCAAAAGACUCAAGAAUCUUUCCUUGAUAACCUAGAUUCCCGGUACCCGGAGUACCGUGAUUUAGUGACCCCAUUUAGUCUGACAGUGAUGUUAAUUAGGCAUGGUAUGCGUCUAGUCACAGGAAGUGCUCAGCAGCAACUAGUCAGGCAACAGCUGAUUGGUCAAGAGUCACAUGGGAACCUGGAGGAAAAGUUGCUGAUGAUGGCCAAGUUCCCAACAAUAUCUGAAGCAUAUCCUAGUAACCUUGAUCUUGUGAAAUCUUUAAUCUCUGACCUGACAUCAAGCUUCCUUCUGACUGUGAUUCAGAGAAAAAACACUCAGGACACUAAAUACCAACAGAAAAAACAACUGAUUUCGAGGUUACUACAUGCCAGCCUUGACCUUUUGAAGUCAGACAGCCUAGUGAGGAGGGAGUUGACACCUGAUUUGACCUUCACCUUGUCUGUAUUGUUCCAUCAAUUUGUGACAUCUUGGCAGAAACAGGAGGAAGCAAGGAGAGAGCAAGAGAGGGAGGAAGAGAGUCUUUACAGAUACAAGUCCAAAGUCCACGGAGAUGAGCGACACAUAGAUGUCAUUGAAGAAGAAGAAUUUAGAAGCCACUUUCCAACAUUUGUUAAUGAAUUUGUUGACAUCACUGGCAAAGACACACUUGAGGAGUCAGAAGAGAUGGAGACUCCAAACAAUGUCGGAGGAGCUGAGCAAGAGGAGACAACUCCGGACAUGAUCACUGAGGAGGAGAUGUACCAUGUGUAUCAGACUCACCACCAGGUGUUCACCUCUCUCUGUCAGACUAAAUGGUUACCACGACUACCAGCUCCUCAGGUGAAUACACAGGACCUGGUCGCGCCCUCCUUGUCCACCUACUACGUAGGGAGUGUCAUGGCUACCCUAACCUAUGAUAUCUUAUCUAACAAAGUAGAUUCACAAAUUAUUGGAGGGCAUCUGUUGGCAACAAGGCUGAUUCUGGAGCAGAUUACUCCAUCUGUGUCCUGUGGUAAUGACCUUGAACGGAUGAAAGGAAAACCAACAUUUGACAUCUAUCAUGACCCAAAUGUUUCAGAGGUUGUCCAGUGUCGACCAGUACUGCAACGCCUGACUACCCGUGUUCAGGAGCUACUUUCUGAAUGGCCAGACCAUCCUACUCUCAGACAGCUAACAAAAAUUACAGAUAGGAUCUUAAACUUCCCAGUGACGUGUCCCAUAAUGAAGUUCCUGACAGGUCUAGAAUUACUAUUAGAGAAGGCACAGGAAUGGGAGAGCAAUGCAGCACGACAUGUAUCCAUGGCAACUCAACUGGCAGAUGUAUCACUGCUGAUCAUGCAGUGGAGGAAGCUAGAGCUCAGUUGUUGGAACCAGUGUCUGGAGUCUAUCAGGAGGAAACAUAAGUGCCAGACAAGCAGGUGGUGGUUUCAUUUGUAUCAGUUGAUUCAAGCCUUCUUGCAACACAGAUCACAGAUGCUGGAGGACAAUCAGGAUACUGAACCUGAGGAAGGAGAGAGUAACCAGAAUGAGAUUCUUAAGUCUCUUAAACAGUUCAUGGAGACAGCUAACCUUGGUGACUACAGUGUUAGAUUGGGCAUGCUCAAGGCUUUCCACUGUCAGUUGGUUGUCAUAGAGACAUCCCCAAAACAAGCCACACUGGUUUCAUUCCUGUGGAAUCUACACCAGUUCUAUGAUCAGUUUACUAAUGUUGUACAGAGGGAACUAGACAGACAGAUAUCUCCUGUACUGAAGGAACUCAAGGGCUUUGUGAAGAUAGCGCGGUGGACAGACAUGAAUUACUGGGCACUGAAGCAGACGACAGAGAAGACACACAGAACUUUACACAAGCAUAUGAAGUCCUUUAAGGCUAUAUUGGAGUUUCCCAUCCAAGGUAUACUGAAAGAGGGUAGUGCCAAUGUGGACAGUGUCAUCCAACCAUCCUCAUGGCUAAACCAACUGUCUGAGGCUGUGUCAAGUAUCAAGUUUACACUAACCCUGCAAAAGACUCCUGAUCUACUGACAUUCAUGUCAGAGGAGUUGUUCCCCUUGCAAUGUCGUCUGCUGGCUCUGUGUCACAAAGCAGGCAAACACCUUACAAAGUACACAGCCAGUACUGGGUAUACAGACUACAUCAGUACUAUGGAUGAGGCAACUGGUGAAAUCAUUAAGACAAUACAAGAACUACAGUCCCUUGAAGUGGAUCAGUCAGCAGAGAAAGACAAGCAGAAGGCAGAAGCCAAACACAUCCACCAAAAGAAAAGGAAAGCUUUGGCAGAUCUGUUCAAACAUCUUACAUUUAUAGGUUUGUCCUACAGGAAAGGUUUGGUGCUGAUGAAUAAGAUGGAGAGCCAGAAUGAGGCUCUGAUGGUGCCACCUGUUAAUAUAUCUGCGUUGGUGCAACAGAACACUCACCUGCAGUUAGGAGAGGCUAUGUCUGUGCUGGGAGAAGGCUGUGGUCACUAUUACAACAGAUGUAUAGCAAGGAAAGUCCGCUUUAUGGUCGCACUUCAGACACCCUCAAAUGAGCUCGGAGUAGGAAACAUUGACCGCUGUAAAGGAUUUACAGAGAACUUGUUUGACAUGCUGAUCCGUCAGUACCGAAGUCUAUCCAACAUCAGUGAAAGUUUCUGCCAUCUCAGUGAGUUAACCUCUGUGUUGACCAGACUAGAUGACGAUGGGAGUCGACCACAGCCCCCAGUUCAGCAAACGACCGACUGGAUAGCUCGGAUAAAGGCUAUGUUGGUUACAGUACUUGAGGGUGUGACACAGUUUGAAGCUCUCCUAAAUUGCUGCCCUUCUUCUGGAAAUGGGCCAUCCCCACACCCUUCACCUUUCCCCUCCUCACAGCUGUCACAAAUGGCACUAGUUUGCCAUGGUGACCAGAUCUGGAGUGAGGCAUCCAAUAGGGUCAAGAAAAUCCUCUGUAAUACGAAGGACAUCCAGAAUAAAAUGCUAAGUGUGACAGAUGGCGCUGGAAUACUGAUCUGUUGUCAACAGAUUGGAAAUGACCUCAAGGAGUUGCUGAACCAGCUGUCAGUGUUGUGGAACUCAGAGACUGGGCGUGCCUGUAGCUCCCUCUGUGGACAGAUGCUAGUGCGAUGUCUGCCCCUGAUUCAGCACUUCCUGUCAAUUGCUCAAUACAACUUCCUCCAUCAGUUGGCCAUCACCAGGACCACAGGCAAGCUGCUGUCCACUCUGCUGGGGGUCUUCACAGAACUGACAACAAAUGGUUUCUGUCUGCCAGCCGAGUUUGCAGAUGAGAUAGCAGGAGAAGGUGCUACUGACUUUGUCGACAUAGAAGGAGGAGGAAUGGGAGAGGGAGAAGGGGCCAAAGACGUCAGCGACCAGAUAGAGACAGAGGAUCAGUUGGAAGACACAAGACAACAAAACGAGAAAAAAGAACCAGAGAAUCAUCCAGACGUAGCUUCUGAGGAAAAUGCCAUUGAGAUGUCGGAGGACUUUGAUGCAAAUCCACAAGAUCUUGAGGAUGUAGACAAAAAAAGUGAAGGAGAAGAUGAGGAGGAAGAUGAUGAGGACAAGCUGGAUAAACAGAUGGGUGAGGUAGAUGAACAGGAUGCUGAUAAAUUAGAUGACCAGAUGUGGGGCAGCGAUGAUGACCAGGAGGAAGAAGAAAAUCAAGAGGACAAGAAGGAAGAGUCUGGUCCAGGAGCUGGACAGGAAGCAGAGAGCCACCUGGUGGCAAAAGAUGACAAUACCAACAAAGGAGAUGAGGAUGACACAAAGAACCAAGACAAGAAGGAUGAGGAUGAGACAGAAGAAAACAAAGACACCCAGCCUCAUCAACAACAGGAGAUGGAUGAGUCUGAGUAUGAUGAUGAUCGUAUAGACCCACAACAUGGUAACAAAGAUCAGCAAGAACAGCCAGAGGCCAUGGACCUACCCGAGGACCUCAAUCUGGAUGAUAAUGAGGGCGAGGAGAAGGCUGACGGUCCAGAUGAUGAUCCGACGAAACAAGAAGAAGGAAAAGAGGAAACUGAAUUUAAAGAGGAGAUAACUCCUGGAGAGGAAGAAGAAGUAGAAGACAAAGAAAACCAAGAAAAUCCUGAUGACAAUUCAGCAGAGGAGAAGGAGGAGAAAGAGGAAGACGGGUUUGAGGAAUCUAACAAUCAAAAUAAAAAGGAUAUGAUGGAUGAUCCUCAGAACAAUCCAGAGGAGGGGAAGGAUGAGGACGUACAGGAUGAGGACGUACAGGAUGGUACCCCGGGAUUUACUGCUCAGGAUGACAAAACAGAGGAGAAAGAGGAAGAGAUGGAAGAGAAUGAUCCUUCAACCAACGAAUAUGAAGGGCAGUCGACACAUGGUGUGGAGAAUGUUGAGCAGAGUGAACAGGCCCAGAGUCAGGCCGGAGAAAGUCAGAACGACCAGCAACAGAGUGAUAAUGUGGGAACCACAUCUACAGAACAGCUUGAAGGUCAUGAAGGUGAAAGUUCAUCAAAGGUCACUCAUGGAGCUGCCAGUCAGGACAACUAUAGGCCAAUGAAGAGGAAGCCAGGGCAGUCAGAUUCAGACCGCAGUCUGGGAUCUAAAGACAACAGAUAUAAGAAGCUAAAAACGGUUGAGGAAGUAGCACAGGGUGGAGAGGAGGAGGCAGGAGAAACAGAAUCAGACCUCUAUCAACACAUCAAAGACUCAAAGUCACAUGACACUCAGACCCUAGACACAGCAACAGAUGACCAACAACAGCAGCAACAGGCAUUGCCUAAUAUGGAAGAAGAGGAAACAGAGGUCACGCAACAAGACGAGGAUGUGGAUAUGCAGGAAGAGGAGACCAAUCAGACAGAGGAAAAGGCUCCCACAAAGAUGUCCGCCAAGUUAAAUGGAAAGAAGGAGGAGUCAUCAAAAGGUGUUGAUGAGGACGAUGUUAUGGAAACAGAAGAGAGUGUUAAACAUGAAAUUGAUGGAGAGGUUGCUAUGACAUCAAUGGUAGUUCGAGGACCAGAAUCUACCAUCCACACUACUGAUCAACAAUUACACAUAUUGAUAACAGACUUUGACAUGGAAAAGCUGAGAUCAGAACUAGAAGAACAGUUGGUCACUUGGUUUGAUGCCUGUUCACUGCAAAAUGAGAGUGUUGCAGCAGAAGCCUGGCACAAGUAUGAGGCAUUGACAGCUAGUCUGUCCCAGGAACUGUGUGAACAGCUAAGACUGGUUCUGGAGCCGUCACAGGCUACUAAACUCAAGGGUGACUAUAGAACAGGAAAGAGGCUGAAUAUGAGGAAGGUCAUUCCGUACAUUGCCAGUCAGUUCCGUAAGGACAAGAUAUGGCUACGUCGCACCAAGCCAAGCAAACGGCAGUACCAGAUUAUGUUAGCUAUUGACGAUUCGUCGAGUAUGGUUGAUAAUCACUCCAAACAGCUUGCAUAUGAAUCACUAGCACUGAUCGCUAAUGCUUUAACCUUGUUGGAAUCUGGAGAACUUGGGAUUUGUAGUUUUGGAGAAAGUGUUCGUCUCCUCCAUCCUUUCACUGAACAGUUCACUACUCAGUCAGGAGCUCGGCUUCUACAACACUUUACAUUUGAGCAGAAGAAAACCAAGAUUGCUCAGCUUCUCAAGCAGAUGACAAGUUUAAUGGUUGAUGCACGGUCUAGCCAACAGGGCAUGCAGGGUAAUCCUGACACCUCACAGCUGCUCUUGAUCGUGUCUGAUGGAAGGGGAUUAUUUGUAGAGGGAAUGGAGACAGUGAGGGCAGCUGUAAGGCAGGCUAGAGAAGCCAGAUUGUUCCUUGUCUUUGUUAUCAUUGACAAUCCAGAAAAUAAGGAUUCUAUACUGGAUAUCAAAGUACCAGUGUUCAAGGAAGCUGGACAGAUGCCGGAGAUUAAAUCUUAUAUGGACCACUUUCCUUUCCCAUUCUACAUUAUCCUACGUGAUAUCAACUCCCUGCCCACUGUUUUGUGUGAUGCCCUCAGGCAAUGGUUUGAGCUUGUUACUUCAGUGUGAUGCCAUCAGACAAUACACCCUCAGACCUUGGCUCCAGCUUGUUACUUCAGUGUGAUGCCAUCAGACAAUACACCCUCAGACCAUGGCUCCAGCUUGUUACUUCAGUGUGAUGCCAUCAGACAAUACACCCUCAGACCAUGGCUCCAGCUUGUUACUUCAGUGUGAUGCCAUCAGACAAUACACCCUCAGACCAUGGCUCCAGCUUGUUACUUCAAUGUGAUGCCAUCAGACAAUACACCCUCAGGCCUUGGCUCCAGCUUGUUACUUCAGUGUGAUGCCAUCAGACAAUACACCCUCAGACCUUGGCUCCAGCUUGUUACUUCAGUGUGAUGCCAUCAGACAAUACACCCUCAGACCUUGGCUCCAGCUUGUUACUUCAGUGUGAUGCCAUCAGACAAUACAUCCUCAGACCAUGGCUCAAACUUGUUACUUCAGUGUGAUGCCAUCAGACAAUACACCCUCAGACCAUGGCUCAAACUUGUUACUUCAGUGUGAUGCCAUCAGACAAUACACCCUCAGACCUUGGCUCCAGCUUGUUACUUCAGUGUGAUGCCAUCAGACAAUACAUCCUCAGACCAUGGCUCAAACUUGUUACUUCAGUGUGAUGCCAUCAGAUAAUUUGGUGGUUUAAGCUGGUAUAGGGUGGUUUGAAAACCAAGCAAAGUCACAUGAUUGCUGUUUCUGUCCAGCAAUUAAUCAUUCAAGUGAAAGAUAAUUUAUAUGUUGCAUGGUAAGUUAAAAAGAAUUCUUUGGAAUACUGGUAUGUUACUUUGACUUGCCUUACAUGGUAAUAUAAAUUGUGUAUUAGCCACUGUGAUAUCAUAAAUGUGAUGUCAUCAAGAAAUUAUCCACUGUGAUGUCAUCAGAAACAUUAUCCACUUUAAUGUCAUCAGGAACUUCUACUCUGAUUUCAUCAGGAACAUUAUCCACUGUGAUGCCAUCAGGAACAUUAUCCACUGUGAUGUCAUCAGGAACAUUAUCCACUGUGAUGUCAUCAGGAACAUUAUCCACUGUGAUGUCAUCAGGAACAUUAUCCACUGUGAUUUCAAUAGGAACAUUAUUCACUGUGAUGUCAUCAGGAACUUUCACUGUGAUGUCAUCAGGAGCAUUAUCCACUUUAAUGUCAUCAGGAACUUCUACUGUGAUUUCAUCAGGAACAUUAUCCACUGUGAUGCCAUCAGGAACAUUAUCCACUGUGAUGUCAUCAGGAACAUUAUCCACUGUGAUGUCAUCAGGAACAUUAUCCACUGUGAUUUCAAUAGGAACAUUAUUCACUGUGAUGUCAUCAGGAACUUUCACUGUGAUGUCAUCAGGAACAUUAUCCACUGUGAUGCCAUCAGGAACAUUAUCCACUGUGACGUCAUCAGGAACAUUAUCCACUGUGAUGUCAUCAGGAACAUUAUCCACUGUGAUUUCAAUAGGAACAUUAUUCACUGUGAUGUCAUCAGGAACUUUCACUGUGAUGUCAUCAGGAACAUUAUCCACUGUGAUGCCAUCAGGAACAUUAUCCACUGUGACGUCAUCAGGAACAUUAUCCACUGUGAUGUCAUCAGGAACAUUAUCCACUGUGAUUUCAAUAGGAACAUUAUUCACUGUGAUGUCAUCAGGAACUUUCACUGUGUUGUCAUCAAAAAUAUUAUCUAUUGCGAUGUCAUGAGGAAUAUUAUCUACUGUGGUGUCAUUACUCAUUAGAACCAUUCUAAUGUUAAAGAUUUACCCAGUCAAAAUACAAUUGAACUUUGACUGAAUAUAUAAAGAUAUUUAAAAUUGUUCACAUUCUGUUUUGAAUUUCACAAAUAUUUUAAAGGAACUUUGAGAUGUUGAGUAUACAUGUUAAACAUAUUUUUAGCUUACCUGGCCCAAAGGGCUGGAAGGUUCCUUUGAUGAAGCCCAACAAAGUUUGCAAAAAGAAAUUACCUUGACCCAUAUUCAAGGUCACAGAAGUCAAAUGUGUUAAAACCUUUAAACAACUUCUUCUUAAAUACUAGAAGGCCUAGAAUCAUUAUUUAUGGCUGGAAGGUUCCCUUGGUGAAGCCCAACAAAUUUUCCAAAAAGAAAUGACCUUGACUCAUAUUCAAGGUCACAGAGGCCAAAUGUGUUAAAACCUUUAAACGACUUCUUCCAAAAUACUGGAAGUCCUAGAAUCAUUAUAUUAGGCUACUAUGUUCCUCUUAUGGUGUCCUACAAAGUUUGCGUAAAAAAAUGACCUAGACAAAUCUGCAAGGUCACAGGUGUUAAAUGUCUUAAAACGUUUUAACAAUUUCUUCUGAAAUAUCAAAAAGCCUGGAAUCACAGGUGUCAAAUGUGUUAAACGUGGAACAUAUGCACAGAUAUAGUACUGUUGGUCAUAAAGAUGCAGGUAAGCGAUACAGGCCCUCUGGGCCUCUUGUCAUUAUAUAUCACAGUAUAUAGACUCAAUCAGCAUUUUUCAAAAUAAUUACAAGACUGUUAAAAUUGUGAAUCUGUGAACAAGUACAACUGUUUUAGUAUGUUUUACAGUACUGUUGAUACUGGGAUUGUCAUGUUUGUGGAGUAGAAGAGUAGAGUGAAAUUUUGGAUGCAUGAAUUCAGUUUGUGUGUAUGACUCUAAGGAGUGCCUGAUUAUAUACUAAUUGUUAGUGUAUUCUAAAGCCUUUUUUUCUUGUUAAGAAAUGUAGUAUUGUUUUUUUUAAUUAU